UUAGACUCUUUGUGCUUCCAGAGUGAGCAUCCUGUUCUCACGGGCACGCGCUCGCUGUCCAUUCAAGGGCUUCAAUAUGUUUCCAGUGAGGCGCGCCCACUCUCCUUCUGCGCAUUAAAUUCACUCUGUUUUUUCAUUCUCAUCUUAUGCUGUGAUACUCUUUCUCCAGCUAGCAUGCUUGUAACGUUCGUGCACUUUGGAUAUUCAUACAAAUGGGGAAAACGCGGCGUCGUAAAAAUGGCACACAUUGGGAAUCCAUGCAAUCCAGAGGGUCUAUCAUGAACCAACUGCACAAUGGGAGUAUUAGCUUGCUCUUGGGUGACCUAAAGGCAAGAAGGCUGUGACCACUUUGCAUCCCCAUGUGUACCAUGAACAGCACUGCCUGGCCUUUGGACCUGGCUGAGUUUGUGAAACCUCGAGGCUUCAACAGCUCCCAGAGCCAGUCUGGUUCGGCGAGUGGCUGGGCCUUGAUCCACACGGCUACCCUCGCCUCCUGCUCCUUCCUGUUGGUCCUCAUAUUUUGUCUUGGUUCUUAUGGCAACUUGGUGGUCUUCUUGUCCUUCUUUGACCCGGCGUUCCGCAAGUUCCGCACCAACUUUGACUUCAUGAUUCUCAACCUGUCCUUCUGUGAUCUGUUCAUUUGCUGCGUCACUGCGCCCAUGUUUGCACUGGUGCUCUUUCUGGAUGCUGGAGAUGCUAGCGGCGGAGUGUCCAAGGGCUUCUGCUUUGCCUUCCACCUCACCAGCUCGGGCUUCAUCAUUAUGUCCCUCGAGACAGUGGCUGUAAUCGCCCUGCAUCGGCUUCGCAUGGUCCUGGGUCAGCAGCCCAACCGUACGGCCUCGUUCCCCUGUACUCUGGCCCUCACAGCACUGUUAUGGACCACCAGUUUCACACUGGCAGCGUUGGUCACCUUGCGAGCGUACCCCAGGAGCUCCGGGCCUUGCCUGCCUCACUUUGGUCUUACUGGCAACAAGGCCAAGUUAGUACUGUAUGUAUACAUUGCGGACUUUGCUUUCUGUGUUGGUGUGGUGUCGAUUUCCUACCUUAUGAUUGCUCAGGCUUUGAGGAAGAAUGCGCAGGUACGGAAGUGUCCCAUUAUCACAGUGGACGCGACACGUCCGCCUGCUUCUCAUCCGCCGCUCAUUGCAGCUGGUUUUGAGGGUAUGCAGUGCACGGUGCAGGUGCCCUCGCUGUACCGCAACCAGACGUACAACAAGCUCCAGCAUGUCCAGACGCACCCCUUCACCAGGAGAACCAACCAGCCCCUUGUACCCGGGGCGGCCACUGGAGCAACCUGCUGCCAGUUGGUCUCCACCGUUAACUUGGCUACGGCCAAGGAUUCGAAGGCUGUGGUGACAUGUGUGGUGAUCGUCAUCUCCGUGCUGUUGUGCUGUCUACCACUAGGUAUAUCCUUGGCACAAGAUAUGGUGUCACCAGAGAGCAGCUUCGUCCACUACCAGUUCGAGCUCUGUGGAUUCGCCCUCAUUUUCCUGAAGUCUGGAAUCAACCCGUUUGUGUACUCGCGCAACAGUGCUGGUCUGCGUCGCCGUGUUCUCUGCUGCCUCCAGUGGGUGACCUUGGGCUUCCUGUGCUGCAAGCACAAGACACGCCUGCACGCUAUGGGCAAAGGAAGUCUGGAAGUCAACCGCAACAAGUCCUCGCACCACGAGACCAACUCGGCAUACAUGCUCUCACCGAAGCCCCAGAGGAGACUGGUUGACCAGGCUUGUGGACCCAGUCACUCCCGGGACAGCAUGCCUAGUCCCUGUGCCACCGCUGGACGCAAGCCCCGACCCCCGAGCACAUCUACGCCCAUCAACACUCGCAUAGAGCCCUAUUACAGUAUCUAUAACAGCAGUCCCUCAGUUGGACCGAGUUCCCCCAACAGCCUGCAGCCGGUCAACUCUCAAACCACAGCCUUUGCCAAAAGCUAUGUGGCUAUGCACUACCACACCCACCAGGAGGCGCUGCAGGACUUUGAUAGCACCUCGGCUCAUCAGAUUCCCAUCCCAUCAGUCUGAGCUGUAGAACAUCAUACUACUUGCUCAGCAUCCAAAGGGGAGCAUUUAUAGUGUUUGCUUUUGGUUUGCUAGUGGUGUUUUGCUCAAGAGACAAUGUGCAUUGAGUAUCCAAUAAAAAGAAAAUGGGACUUUUGAAACUAAUUGUCGCUUUCCCCAAAAUUAUUAUCAUUGUUUUCUGGACUAAAGGAUGUUCUAUUUUUACAUUGACAUAGCAUUUUCAUGUAAUAGUCUUCGCUCAGAUUAUGUAUUUGUGAAACAUCCUACAUUUUAUAUAUGAACUUAUUAAAUGUUUUGCAAGUGUA